UCUCAGAGCGAAAGCAAGUCGAGCGCUGACAACUCUCUCUCUCUUACGGACUUUACAGUCAGUAAUUCUUAUACUUUCACGUCUAUUUAAAUCGACUAGUGUACAACACUGUCGUGAAAUAGAGUGAAUUAGACAAUUACAUCAUGUCUAAAUCCAAUGAUAUGCUGAAGACCGGCAGCGGUGCACCUGAUGCUCGGCGGAGGCUAAGCAUCGGUGCACCUGCAGCUGGUCGAGUAAGCUUUGCGGUUCCGGAAGAUGAGUGCAGCCCUGCAGCUGUUAGACAGAAUACACUCUUGUCUGCAUCAGCUCGUGGGCCCGUGACUGGCAGAGGUGCACAUGAUGGUCAACGGAGGCUGACCAUCUCUACAUCUGCAGCUGGUCAUGUGAGGUGCACCCUUCCUGGGACUAUUGACGAGGAGUGGAACCCAGAAGUUGAUAGACAGAGUAACAUCUUGUCUAUGUCAACUCAUGGGGGUGUGACUGGCAGCGGUGCACAUGAUGUUCGGCGGAAGUCAAUCGUCUCUGCACCUGCAGCACGUCACAUAAGGUUUACCCUUCCUGGGGCUGUUGAGGAAGAGGAGUGGAGCCCAGCAGCUAUUAGACAGAAUACAAUUCUGUCUGAGUCAGCUCGUGGGCUAGUGACCAGCAGCAGCGGUGCACGUGAUGUUCAGCGGACGUUGAACAUCUCUACACCUGCAGCUGGUCAGGAGAGGAUCGCCCCUCCAGGGGCCGAUGAGAGGAGAGGAGCAGAAAAGCAAAAAACACAACGGAAUAAAAAGGGCAUCCGUGCUUACAUCUCUAGAAAAUGGCGGGAUGUUAAGCGUUUUUGCUGUAUCUGCGAAAAUGAGGAUGAACUGGAGCCAACUGAUCCAGCUGAUCCUCAGCAAGGUCCAUCUGACCUGCCAUCAAGUGCCCGUAAAGAUGACUGGCAGAAUCCCUCAGGACUCAAGCCAGUGGGCUAUCACAAACCAGGCUGUUGCCCACCUGGUUUAAAUACCUUGAAGAAAACCAAACUUCAAGAAGAGACUGGUCAUAACCAAGGUCUAUUCGACCUGGCGGAGCUUCGUGCUCAACCUGAUCAGACUGAUUGUAAGCCAGGCCCUUUCGGCCUGCACGGAGCGCGUGAGCAAGAUAGUCCCUUCGGACUUGAGCAAGCGCGCCAUGAAGAACCAGCCUAUUGCCUGGCUGGUUCAUAUACCUUGGAGAAAACAAAAAUCCAAGAAGAGACUGGUCAUAACCAAGGUCUAUUCGACCCGGCGGAGCUUCGUGCUCAACCUGAUCAGACUGAUUGUAAGCCAGGCCCUUUCGGCCUGCACGGAGCCCGUAAGCAAAAUAGUCCCUUCGGACUUGAGCAAGCGAGCCAUGAAGAACCAGCCUAUUGCCAGGCUGGUUCAUUUACCUUGGAGAAAAAAGAAAUCCAAGAAGAGGCUGAUCUUAAACACGGUCCAUUCGACCAGGAGCCAAGUGCUCACAGUGAUCAGGCUGACCCUCAGCCAGGUCCAUCCGGCCUGCAGUCAAGUGGUCAUGAACUUUACCAGCCUGCUAGCACAUUUGAAUUGCUUUAUAAUGUGGGAAAGCAGAUAGGAAAAGGUGGCUUUGGUACAGUUUAUGAGGGAUAUCGAAAAUUUGAUGAGCGAAAGGUCGCCAUCAAAUUUAUUCUGAAGGAAUCGGAUUUUGACUGUCCCAUUGAAAUGCGUGGACAUGCGAAACCUCUUUAUUCAGAAGUGGCUUUCAAUCUGAUGCUUCUAAAACCAGAAAAAAGCCCCUACAUUGUGGAAAUGUUGGACUGGUUUGAAGAGAAAGAUCGGUACAUCAUCAUUUUGGAGUUUCCAGAACGUUGCAUGGAUCUCUUCGACUUCGCCUACAUUAAUGGAGGUCGUCUGUCUGAAACCCAAGCACGCCAAUUAAUGCGCCAAGCAGUGCUCGCAUCUAUGCACUGCGUUGACAGAGGUGUAAUUCAAAUGGACUUAAAGCCUUCAAACAUCCUGGUCAAAAUAGACACGAUGGAGCUGAAAUUGAUAGACUUUGGAAUCUGCAGAAUUGUGGAAAGAUCUCCAGAUGGGCUACUUUUUGCUGUUGCUCAGAUGGUCGGCGAGUUGGGUGUUUUAUUGGACACAAUGGUGCAUGGACGAGAUGGGCAUAAAAGCAGCGACGUUAUGAUAUCCGGAGAGUGUCAAGAGGUGAUAUCUCUGUGCACGGUCCCUCAACUAUACAGAAGGCCAACAUUCGAAGAAGUCUUACAACAUAAAUGGUUCAAUGAGGAAAAAGUUGAAGUACACAGACUGUUUACAAUCUAUGGAGUAGAAGCCAGCAGGAGACGUUUAAGUCGUCGUAAUCGUUUUGCAAGACCUCGCUGGAGCUUCACAAACGCAGAGUGAUCUGCUGCUUAAGUACCCUGACACAGAGGGUUACACCAACAAAGUUUGAAAGGAACUGGAAGCUGCCGGACUCUGGGAGAGAAAAAGGAACUUCAGAAGAUGAAUAUUGAAGAAUCUGAGAAUAGACGCAGAAAGAUGUUAAGUACAGUAUGAGCCAGAAUGGAUGGGUGCUGAUGACCAUAAGAAGAUUGUCAGGAGUAUUGACCAGAUGCAAAGAUGUUGGAGAAGAAGAAUAAUGGGCACCUCUCAGUAAAGUAAGGACACCUGAUGGGAUUAAACUCAUAACUAUUGACAAUUCUUUGGGAGAAACUGAAAAUGAUCUAGAAAUUAAAAUGAAAAUAAUAACCCUUGAGAA